GACUACGGUGUUCUCCGACUGACGUGUCGUAUUGUAUUCGGUUAUUAUCGAGGAAAAACACGGGGCUGAUUUUCAUGCUACUUAUUUAACCAGCAGGCAUUAGCCACAGACAGAACGAUGUCAGAGCCAAGCAAGCAAGACAUUUCUGCUAUAUUUAAGCGGCUUCGCUCCAUCCCUACGAAUAAGGUUUGCUUUGACUGCUCAGUUAAAAACCCCAGUUGGGCCAGUAUCACCUAUGGUGUAUUUCUGUGUAUAGACUGCUCUGGGACGCACAGGUCUCUUGGGGUGCACCUGUCCUUUAUCAGGUCCACUGAGCUGGAUUUUAAUUGGUCGUGGUUUCAGCUAAGGUGUAUGCAAGUGGGAGGCAACGCCAGUGCGAUUGCAUUUUUCAAUCAACAUGGUUGCACAGCCAGCGCUGCCAAUGCCAAGUACAACAGCCGAGCUGCUCAGCUGUACAGAGAGAAGAUAAAGACUUUAGCCACACAAGCCACCAGACGCCAUGGCACUGAGUUGUGGCUUGACAGUCAGGGUCCUCUCUCUCCAACAUCACCCGACAACAAGCAGGUGGAUUUCUUCAGUCUGCACUCUCAGGCUGUUCCUGAAAAUCUGAACAUGGCUGAAAUGAGUCUCAGCUCCUCCACAUCAGAAAAACCUGGAACUGCAGACAAAGAAGAAGACAAAAAUGGUUGUAAUCUAGAGGGGGGUCCUAGUGUGGACAUGCUGAGUGUUUCUCCUAAAGCAAAUCCAGAGCUUUCCUCUCUUCUUAAGAAGAAGCCAGCUGCUGUCAAGAAAACUUUGGCCUCUAAGAAGGGAGGUCUGGGUGCUCAGAAAGUCAGCAGCAAGAAUUUCUCAGAGCUGGAGAAGAAGGCUCAAGCUGCCGACAAGCUCAGAGAGCAAGAAGAAGCCACUGCUGGCAAGAAGAAUACUCAGCCUGAGGAAUCCUUUGCUCCAUCGCUGCGACUGGCCUGUAAAGAUCUUGAGCAGCAGAGGAAGAUGGAAGAGCAGAAGUUGAAGGGAUUAGAAGGGAAGAAGAAAGAGCAGGCGGAGAGACUGGGCAUGGGUCUGGGCAUCAGGAGUGGAGUGUCUCACUCCGUGACAGCGGACAUGCACAUCAUCCAGCAGGAGAAUCCACUGGCAGCCAAGACCACCAAAGGACGACGGUUUGCUGAGGAUGACGACAAUGAUGAAGGGUUUUUCAACUCUAGGUCUGUGUCCCGAUUCGAGGAUCAAAGAGAAACCUCAGAUGAUUUCCCCUCCAGGUGGGAUGACAGAGCAGAAGGAGGAGGCUGGAUGAAGGAGAGCAAGAAGCCAGAGCCGGACUUCUUCUUGACCUCCACAAUGUCCUCACUGGAUGACAGGACCACAGCCAGACGAAAACCGGAACCGGUCUCGGACACAGGAGAAGCCCGGAUAAAGUUUGGACAUGCGAAAGCCAUCUCUUCUGACAUGUACUUUGGAAAACAAGAUAACUCUGAGUACGAGGCCAAAACACAACUGGAACGAUUUUCCGGGAGCACGUCUAUAAGCUCAGCUGACCUUUUUGAUGAUCCAAAGAAACAGACCACAAGUUCAUACCGUCUGACCAACGUGCUGCCCAGUGCCCCUGACAUGUCACAGCUCAAACUGGGAGUGCGCUCAGUCGCGGGGAAGCUCUCCGUCAUGGCCAGCGGCGUCGUUAGCUCAAUUCAGGACCACUACAGUUCCUGAGUCAUGGUGUCUCCUCUUGGAUUCACCCCCCUUAUAGUUGUCCUCUGUUUAACAGAGUCAGAUAAGUUUCCCAGUGAAUGGUGGCCGCUCACCCGGGGAGUGAAGGAAGGAGGCAAAUCUGCUCUGUGACAGCAGCAAAAUGUACCCGCUAAUGACCCUGUAUACUUUCAUAUCUAGUCCAUUUCAUUAGGCAAUGUAUAAUAAAGAGUUGUUAGAGCCGAGAUGGGCGACACACGAUAUUUUCAGUGGAAUAAUGUUCACCCGCAGGCAUCUUGAAGGGAGAUUUAUGUUUAUGUGUACAGCUCAGUUAUGAAGAAUAUUUAGUUUUGCAGCUUAGUACUUUAUCGCUCUGAGGUUUGGGGGUUUGGAAAUCUUGAGAGAUUCUUUAUGUAGCACUCUGAGAAGGUUUAUGGUGUUGUGAAGAGGGGAUAUUUUUUGCUUUUUUAAUUCCUUUCGUUGAUGAGGUCAAAAAAACCGUAACGUAAUGGAGACACUUCAGUGUUCAAUUGGGCAACAUUUGCACUGUGAGGUGUCAUAUUGUUUAAUUUUUACACAUUCCCACAGGUUUGAAAGUGUCCUUUCCGUCCCCAAAGUGCACUUAUGCUUGCUCUUCCACAGACAGGACCAAAACCUGGUAAUAAUGAGGCCUUGGGGGACCUGACAUGUAUUUCUUUAUUGCGUAUACUAUCAGUCAUGUAACUUGUGAUUGGCCCCUUUAGCAUGUGAGCUUUUGUUAUAUUGCUAAUAGCUGUGUUUUUCUUUGUUGUCGGAGGCGUUGCUUGAGUAAUCACAAAAGGACAAAAUGGCACAAAGCCUAAACAGCUAUCAAAAAGUCAUUUUAAUUUUGCUCAGUUUUAGAUGAGAAAGUCAGUUGCACUACAGUCCAGUUGCUUGGACUUGGACACUUGAAAACAUUGUAAUCACAGGUAUGGUCAACAGUGGAACCUGCUGAUUAAUCAAAGUUAGCGGAGAGCCUUUUGAUGAUGUUUUGGGUUGAAUUAGUAGCUGCUUUUUGUUGGAAUUUGUGUUUAGGUGUUUGUGAUGACUUUCCAUACUGGCCUCGUUUGGUAUUGAAUUUAAAACCACACGCUUAAACUCUUGAAGACUUUAAGUUGCUGAUGCAGUGGGACCUCUUUGUAGCUUUCAGGCCCCACUGCACAGCACCACGUGUCCACUUAAAUGAAAACAUGAAUGCAGAGAAGGAUUCUAUAAAAAGCCUUCCAAAUUCAUUUUUGGAGGUGUAACAUAUUCCCAAGGUUCAGGCUUUUAAUUAUGUCACAUCUAUCAGAGCUGGUAAUUGGGUGCAGGGGGUCAUGGCUGUGGUACUAUGGAAUAACUACUGCUUGUGCUUUAGCAUUUGGAUCAAGUUUGCCAUGAUGCUAAAGAGGUUCCUCAAAUAUCUGAGUUAAAGAACUGGAAUUUUUAAAGCCCCGAUUGGGAACAGGAUGAUCAAUUUCUGGAGUUCAGCGUGAAAGUCAUAGAUUCUUUAGUGACCAAAUAUCUGUUUACUUCAUCACUCAAUGCCUUAGUCCAAAGAUCUCCGAUUAACGCGCCCUCAUAUUGCAAUAUUGUGGAGUCCUCUUGUUACCCGUUUUGCACAUAAUUUGUUAGAAAUUGCACGCGGCAGCUUUUGCUUGAAUGUACUGUAUUGCCAUUGAACCUUUGCGUCUAAGUGGACGAUGUGUCCUUAUUAGCCGUUUUGUAUUUUGUUGAUCUUUGUAUGACUGUAUUUUCUGCCGUUGUUAAUUGUCGCAUCAAAGAUUAGUAGCUGGUAUAAUUUGCAUGGGUCUUGUAGUUCAUAGUUGUCACAUCAUGAAUACAAGAUAGCUGGGACCCACCCAUUAAACAAUGGAACAACGGAAGAGAAAAACUGUACAGUAGGCUGAAACUGCUACAUACAUACAUACUGCUACAUGUUGUACAGGGCUUAAAAUUACCAUUUAUAGAAAGUUACAAAUAAUCAAGUUUUGAUGUAUUUUGACACUCAAAAUGUAAGAGAAGUUUUUGAAAACCUGACAAAUAAAUGGCUCGUGUUUAAGCUC